AUGGACGGGGACGCGCCGACGGCCGCCUCCAUCUCCAUUCAACGGAGCGUGCCUGCUACCGUCGCCACAGCGACUGCGAAGCCGACCAUUGCAGGCCGUGCGCCCUUCCAGGCGGCGUUUACGCCUGGCGCCUCGACCACCAAGAAGGAGUGGCUUGGCGACUUUAACUCCAUUGCUGACUCACCCCUCCUUGCCUCUUUGCAGGUGGGUGAGUAUGCAGAUGAAGGGCGGCGGCAUGUCAACAAAAACUACCUUCGCGAAGCUUUCGAUGUCUCGUUUGCUGUGCACCGCAUUGAAGAAGAGUCGCGUCAAGCACAGCGAUACCAGGGUCAACAGAAACAGCAGCAAGGCUGGCAUACACUAGGAUACAAUCAUUUGGACGCGACUGGCUACGAUAUCUCUGCAGCACAACGACGGCAUGGUCAUGUGGCUGCCAAGAUCAUUUCCGAUAAGCGUGCGGCGCAACAGAAGACCAAUACCAUACCCAAGGGCCUCGGGGCCAAUGUUGGCGCCUUUUCUCUCUCUUUGGACGGUGCCUCAAUUCUGGAGCGACGAAAACGCAUGGAUAAGACCAAAAACGAUGUAAAGAAGGAUUCGAAGCUGCAUAACUCUUCGUUGCAUGUUGCCACAUAG